AUAAUUGAGAUUACUGUAAACCAUAAAUUAAUAGUGGGAACAUGUUCCUGGAGUGAUGUCUCCUGGUGUACUGAGUGCAACUUAUGGAAUGGUAUAAAUGGCACGCUGGGAACUUCAUUCAACAGAUUACUCUCAAUUUCUGCCAGACAGACACAACCUGAGAUUUCAAAAAUCGCUACAGUCAUCAUCAUGAAGGUUUGGAUUGUAUGUGUGCUGCUGUGUGCUGCCUUUACACUGAGAACUGCCACAGCUGCAGCAAUUGAGACUGAACCUGUGCAGGAUCAGUUACUUCCAGGGGAACAGGCUGUUGAGGAGUUGAACGAUGCAGUUGAAGAUAAGGAGGAAGCUCUCAAAGUAGAUGCUGCUGCUGAAGUUAAGUUGGGCUACUGUCCACCUGGAUGGCUUAAAUAUGAAUCCCGCUGCUUUCGACUCAUGAGGUCAGGUCUGUCCUGGCUCAAUGCUGAGGCAAAGUGUGUAACUGAAGGUGCAAGACUGGCAUCUGUACGCAACCUUGGGGAACAUAGAUUCCUGCAGAGUUUCCUUGAAAUGUCUGGUCUAUCACAGGCUUGGAUUGGUGCUUACAACUUUCAGGGAACAUGGCUGUGGGUUGACACAGCUCGGUUCUACUACACUAACUGGUACUCACUGAACAGUGUGUCCAGCUACCCAUGUGCUUACAUGAGGAACAAUGUUGGCUGGUCUAACACUAACUGUGGAAGUGGAUAUGCAUACUUCUGUGCUAUUGACCUAAAUUCAUGUUAAAGGACAUAGAUGACUAAUUGUCCAUCAUUUUGAAGCUGAUAUGAUUAUGAACAAAAUCAUUUGUUAUUUGUUUUGAGAACACUGUCUAAUGAACACUGUUUAUGUCACUUAAUUAAAAUAUAAUUAAAAUAAUAAAAGAAUUAUCCUACUUUCA